AAAUUGGCUUCUCUCAGUUGCAGUUCAUUUUCAGCUUUAAAGGCGAACAGUUCUCGAGAACUUUUGUGAAAUGAAUUUCUUGUUAAUUUUUGCCAUUUUGACAACAUUUAUGACAGCCGUCAGGGCUCAGUGCGUGAAUUUAGGGCGGGUGCAAUAUGAAUGGCAGGUACAGCAGGACAUCAGGAUGAAGCUGGAGAGGAAAGUCAUGGAUCUGCAAAUGCUUCUGAAUCAGCAGCCGCAAAACAACGAAAUUUCCGAACUUGAACAAUCGAUCGAGUCUCUAAAGAAUCAACCGUGUAAGCCGGUUAGCAACAAGGAUCCAAAUUAUUUGGUUCUACAGAAUCAAUUGACGGAGCUGCAGCUGAACGUGGAGAGCUUACGAAGCUUGGUCUUCCUUACACAUCAAAAUUUCAUCGCUGUUGAAAAUGGUUAUAAGCAGUGCUUUAAUCAACUGUCAUUGCCAGUUCCUUCACCGGCUUGCAUUUCGACCACUGCGGCCCCGGUAAUUGAGGAGGAAACAUCAACGAGCUGUGCUCCGCUGGGCUUUUAUACGGGCAUCAGGAAAAUUUCUUUGCCUGGAGCUGCACCUUUUCGCGUUUUAUGCGAUUCUCAGAUAGCAGGACCCGGCUGGCUUGUCAUACAGCGCAGAUACGACGGCUCAGUAGAUUUUUAUAGGAACUGGUCUGAAUACCGAAAUGGUUUUGGGCAACUGGAGGGAGAGUUCUUCCUGGGACUGGACUAUAUCUAUCGCUUGACCAACUAUCAACGCCACGAGCUGUACAUCUAUGUACAGGGCUUCAACAAUGAACGCUUCUGGGCGCGCUACGAUAACUUUUAUAUAGGUCCCGAGAGCGAAAAAUAUAGGAUUAAAAGUCUGGGCAGAUGGCAAGGCACUGAAGACCGAAUGACCGCACAUCUGAACGUGGACUUUUCGACCUACGAUCGAGAGAGUCGCCACAGCAAGCUUUCGGCAAAAUAUCAUGGCGGCUAUUGGUACUUUAAAGGCUUGAAUUUGGGAAGCAACCUUAAUGGCAGAUACUUUUCGAGUGAUAUUGAAGAUAUCGAAGGAUUACACUGGCUCAAAAUUACAUCUAAUAAAAUAUCCACAAUGCUGAUUCGUCCAGUGGGUCGUUGAGAAUAUACAAAAAUAAUUCUAUAUUACAUAAUUUGCUGUUUGCAAUAAUAAAAUUACCAA